AUGGAUCGAACGCACACCGAUCGGCAAGACGGCGGUGAUGGCCUCCCACCUAGCCGAACAGAAGACAACGAUCCUGUCGACGAGGGCGAAGAUCACUCCAGUAAUCCAGCCCGUCGGGGAGGCGGCCCCGGUCGCGCUGGUCGAAUGAACACAAUCUCAGAAGAACCACCUUUGACUGGCCAUGACCAAGGACAGGAUACGAACAACACCGCAGAAACAACACGAUCUCGCCUCGAGCGCAGGGCUGCCGAAAUCCGCGAGGCCAACCGCCGACGCAGGGCGCAUGGUCAGACAAACUCGGACACCUCUGGAAACACGCCUUAUACGCAGGGGGUUGGCCGUCCGUUGGAGAGAGCUACUGGACGAGCGCUUGUGGGAACGGGCGGUUACACACCUUUUGGCAGCGGCAACUUCCAAAGCAGUGUUCCAGGCCAGUCAUCUCAUGACGAUGGUAGAAACGCCGCUGUCUACGACCCUGGCAGCUUUGAGGAUACGGAUCAAUUCUACGUCGAGCCGGCUCCUAAGCCCGAGAACGUCGAUCCUAAGGCUAUGGUGUCCCAGCCGGAGGGUAAACCUGAGGGUGACUCCAAUCCUCCCAAACGCAAGGAUGAACCGGAUGAUAAGCAGAGUGGAGGAAGAGGGCCAGGCGCGCCUGGACAGGCUACUUGA